ACCCGCUUGGAAUGUGGGUAUAAAAUAGGGUUUUUCGGAUUGCAUCACCUGGUUCUGUUGGAGAAAAACCCUAGUUCAGUAGAAAUGGAGACGCCCUCGCAGGAGCCCUAGCCCGAAGGUGCUGAAAUCAAAGUGUGAUCGAAUCGGAAUCGCAGAGCAUAUAAAGAAUGGCUUAUAUCCAAUAUGGUAGAAGUGUCCUCCGCCACGUUAAGACCAUCAAAGACCCAACUCAUUUUCAGAGCACCGAGAGUGUAUUGCAUCACCCAUUGUUGUAUGCUGGUCAAGGUGUUAGAUACAGAAAAUUGGAAGUUAUUCUCACAACGACAAUAGACAAGCUCGGGAAAGCCGGCGAGACAGUGAAGGUUGCUCCGGGCUAUUUCCGGAAUCAUUUGAUGCCCAAGUUGCUUGCUGUCCCAAAUAUCGACAAAUACGCUUAUCUCAUCAGUGAGCAGCGCAAGAUUUACCAACCUAAGGAAGUUGAAAAGGUUGUUAAAGCAGUUCCAAAGACAGAGGCAGAUACGAUGAAAGAGUAUCAAACAGCUGCAAACCGUCUUGGAAAGGCUAAGCUGGUUCUGAAAAGAUUCAUCAAGGUUGACAAUGAAUUGCGCUUACCAGUGACAAAAGAUGAACUUGUAGCUGAGGUGGCAAGGCAGCUUUGCGUGAGUAUCGAGCCUGUACAUCUGCAUCUACCAUCUCCUUUGUCAUCUUUGGGGGAGUUUGAGGUGCCACUCCGCUUGCCAAUGUCCAUUCCUUUGCCAGAGGGGAAGCUACAGUGGGCUCUUAAUGUUAAAAUCCGGAGAAAAUGAAGAACGAUUUCUUAGUAAUGGGCAUAAUGCUCCCAUAUGACGCUCGAAUGACAAUUUUGGCCUGAGCACUGAAAAUUAAAUUAUUGUAGUGACGAAGCUAAAUGCUUCUAUUGUUGAACACAUGAUUGAUGUACCCCCGUGAUCUUGUAUCCUUGACCAAAUAUGGAUUUGUCUGAUUAGAUGUGGAUUCUCUGAACUUAGUCCACAGCUUGUUUUGUGCCGAGUGCUUGUAAAUAAAAUGGGAUCUUGCUGAAAUGCUUAAUGCACAGCAGGAACUACAUGGAGGUUCUAGUGUGUA